AAGUUCGUCAUUUCCGUUAAGAUAAUAAUGGCAGCCUCCCUGAAAAGGUCUCUGUAAAACAGAAAACGUUUUCAUAAUAAUAAUUUAAAAUGAAUGGGGAUGAUAACAAAAUUGUGCAUAAUUCUAUGCAUUAUGACAUUUCAAACGUGUGAUGCUAGGCAUGUGAACAUAGUUGUGCGCCAUCAACAAUUUUUCUUCGUCGAAGGCGAUGCACCACAAACGCAUGUUAAACUUCAUCCUAUGCACGAGAAAUUAUUGGAGCUCGACGAUGUUGCUGGGCCUGAUAAUGAAAAGCCAACAUAUUUUGAUGUCAAAUCCCAAUCGUCUCAAGUUGAGGACGACGGGUAUACUAAUGAUGUGAGACAUUACAAUCAAACAGCCACCGAAGCAGACAAAAACAUAAAUUUAGAAAACAAUUUAAAUUAUCACGAUCGUGUUGAUGAUGAAGAUUUAAAUGAGGACCUAUCCACAGAAAAUAGUGAAGAUGACAUCAACUUGAACGAUAAAGAAAUCGAACUAUCUGCUGAGCGAAAAGAUUUAUCUAAUCGCGAUGAUAAUUUGCCGAUUUAUAGAGACAGUGUGAAGUAUAUAGACGCGGAAAGUAACACACAACACACUUUUCAGCCGAUUUUGAAGAAACGCCUCCAGUUUCGAAAUCGGAGUCGCAAAAAACGAUCUGCACGUGAACAAUGGCGCAACUCGCUACCAGGAGCGAACCCGAAAGACACCGUAAGCUCUCGAAACGAGGAGCCAGAUGUUUGGCAGGCAGUAUCCGACGAUGAUUUACGUAAAACUAACCUAAUGCAAUACAAACACAUAGCAAAAUACGUUGGAAUGACUCUCUUGUCUGUGGUAGGCUUUGUCUUCAUCGGUGCAUGCUUCAUUCGCGACCCAAUAGCGUGCAUAUUCGCGUUCGGCACUGGGUGUCCGUGCUGUAUAAUAUGCUGCCCGUGCAUACGUUCGUUCACCGAUAAGUAUCUCAACGUCAAACGGUUGGUACGAGAUUCCAUGAACCGGUAUAUGCCAGGAGUGAUAGUGAAGGAUGACGGGACUCUCGAUUACUACGAACCUACGACAGAAGAACUUGAAAUUAUGAUGGAAAUUAUGGAGGAAAUAAUGGAUUAAACACUUAAAAUUACAUUUCAUAUUAGUUGUACAUUGUUUAAUAUGCUAUUAUGUAAAUUGUAUGAUUCAUUUUUGCGCUAAACAAACACAUAUAUAUUGUACGAUUGUUUUAAUGGCUCAUCUUAUUUAUCGGAGAAGAAAAUGUGUUUUGGUCUUACAUGAAUAAUACACAUUCAUUAUA